AUGGCGUCCUUACCAAUGCUGCGCAAGUGCACCCUGAGACGGUGCUAUCGGCCCAUCCGUACAACGUCACCAGUUUUUCUCGACUUCCUCGCCCCGUCAGCGGUCAAAUACAGCCAAUGUCGGCACGCCUCAAUGACCGCCGGCACCACCGGUGAGCCAAAGCCUCGCUAUGUCCUCAGCAAAGAGCAACGCGAAUUCAUGGACAGUGCGCUCCGAGUCAACCAAGCCGGCGAGCUUGCCGCGACCCUGAUCUACACAGCUCAGACGCCCCAGAUCGUCCGUUCAUACCCGCACCUCCGGCCUUUGAUGAAACACAUGUACGAUCAAGAAGCCGGGCACCUCAAAACGUUCAAUGGGCUCGUGGCAAAGCACCAAGUCCGACCAACCGCCAUGUAUCCCGCGUGGGAGGUAGCAGCCACAUUCCUAGGGUGGUCCACUGCGGCGCUAGGUCGCGAAGCUGCGAUGGCAUGCACCGAGGCCGUUGAGACUGAGAUUGGAUCGCACUACAAUGACCAAGUGAGGGAGAUUCUAUCUUGGGAGGCGGAUGCUGAAAGACGGGGUGAGGAGCUUGAUGAGGAGCUGAAGGCUAUGCUGACCACAUUCCGGAGGAUUCGCGACGAGGAGCUGGAACAUCUUGACCAUGCUGUUGCGAAUGACUCCAAGGAAGCCAAGCCUUAUGAUCCUCUUGUGGAUGUUAUUCGCUUUGGCUGCAGGGCUGCUAUCAAGAUCAGCGAGAAGAUUUGA